AUGGACAAUCCCGAUCUCGUCCAGACCAUCAAGCCACCCCCGACGGGGCAGUCGACGGCGUCACAGCGCUCAACGAGGUCACGGCGAUCGUCAGCUGCGAGCAGCGCAGGACGCGAGGUGCUGCGUGCCGGGAGCGUUCCGUCCCUUGCGCUCGAUAAUAUGCGCCCGGCGCCAAAACGAGCAGACAUGGUCCGGUCUGCCUGUAACGUGCCACUGGGCCACCUUCCUGCCGUGAAUGUUCCGGGCUACACCGGCUUCAUUCCCGGCAAGGCCUCUGAGAGCAUCCUGGGUGCCACGCACACGCGCUCGAAUGCGCUAGCGCUUGUCGCCUGCAGCCGUCGUGGCGAGCCAGAGGAGUACAAUGAUUUCGCCCGCCGUACAAACCCCUAUGGCCUUCUGCUGAAGCGCCGCGGGGCGAGCGUCCCGGGCUACAGAGGCUACAUUCCCGGGAAGCAUCCGUCUAACGUCUUUGGCAGCACCUUCGCAGACAGCAAUGCAACCGCCAUGGAGGUUUGCCGCGAGAUGGCCCUGGAUCGACAGCACCGCGCCCCCAGCGCCACUCUGGCAGCUCCGACAUCCUUUGCAGGGAACCGGCCUGCGUAUGUCAUCACACGCUGGGCAGAUGACUACUAG